AUGCCUGUUAUUAUCCUAAUAGGAGAUGCACAUAGAUAUCUUGAAAAGCUGAAGUCAUGCAUAUCUGAGUACUUCAACGUUGUUCACUUGAACAAUGAGUUCAGGGCAAUCCGAAGCGAGCUGAGCAACAUGGAUCCGCAUACAGUCUAUAUCGUACAGAAUUGCACCAUGAAACCACAGAGAUACGAAAUAUAUUGCUUGGCCAAACGAAAUGAAACAUCUUAUUGUAUACUCACAGAUACCGAGCUUUCAACUUCAAAACACGACAUGCCAUCGUUCGUCAUAACUGAAGAAUUACCUAUUGAAGACAUUCUCAAUAAGCUUAGAGAAAACCUGCACUGCAACGCUGCACACAAGAAAAAAAUAACCGGCUCAAAUUAUCUAAUGUAUUUCAAACAAAUAAUAAACAAAGUUAAUCAAGGUAUGCAGAAUUCUUCAGGUACAGUAUCUGUGCUUAAGGAGUGCGAGGACAUGCUUUUGAGAACCAUAAAACUCAAUCCAAUCAGUCUAGAAGAUCUUGAAGAUGCAUACCGCGAUCUUGUCACUAGUGAAAUGAAAAGUAGAGGACUUGCUUGA